AGGUGUGUAACUCUGGAUGCUUCAUUAGGGGGCGCUUAACAUUUCUUCGAAGGCAUGUUUGGUAAAGUUAAAGAAUAAGGAGACUGAUAGAACUUAGAAGUUUUGAAAAUUACUGGGUGUGGACCUAACAUAUCUAAGUUAAUAAAUAUUUUGUAAGAUGCCAAAAUCUAAAGAAUUUAUUUCAUCUUCUGAUGACUCGGCUUCAGAUGAUGAUACUGAGGCUGUGUAACAUACUGAUUGAAGAAGAAGAAAAUCUGUGAAUAAAAUAAAAACUAAAUCAUGACUCGAGGUAUUCAUACACCAUUACCUACUCCACCUCCUGGCCGGCAGACAACCAGAACAAGAGAUAGAAAUAAAUUUGAAGCCCUACCCUCACUGAAUGUAGCUGCCAUAACAUCUUUUAAAACCACACCCUUUGUAACAGCCAAAGAUAUCCGAAUAAUACGACCUGUUACUGGUUUGUGUUGUGAUUGUUUACCAAUAAGUAAAAAAGAAUUACUACCCGAUUUGGUGAAAGAAAAUGGAGUUUGUAACAUACUGAAUGUCAAACCGUAUCUUAGAAAUGCGGGAUGGCUUCAAAAAAGAUUUCCUGUCACAGCUUACUGUUUACAAAAGCGGGCUUAUCAUCAGUAUCCAGAUAUAUCUAUGUCAGUGUUUGUUAAUAAUAGAUUAUUAGAGGCUAUACAAAAAACAUCCAUUGCUUGGUAUUCCCAAAGCUAUAAAGUUGGUGGUAAAGAUAUUCAAGAGAUUCAAAAAUCCAUCGUGCUUACUGCCAAGAAAACGCUACAAAGAAUGAAAGCUUGUAUAUCUUCAUCGCUCAUCAACUUUACUGGCUGGUUCCUCCUCAGUUUUUUAUCCACAUUCCUAAACAAUAUUCUGGUUCACAGAGGACAGAUGAGCAUGAUACGUAGUGCUACAGAGAAAAAAAUACCCAUGAUAUACCUACCAUUACAUCGAAGUCAUCUUGACUAUAUCCUUAUAACUUUUAUACUGUGUCAUUAUGAACUCCGUGCCCCAUUCGUGGCAGCCGGGGAUAAUUUAGACAUUCCUUUCUUUAAUAGUUUAAUGCGUGGCCUUGGAGGAUUUUUUAUCAGACGAAGAUUAGAUAAAAAGUCUGGUGAGAAGGAUAUAGUGUAUAGAACGCUACUACACACCUAUCUGGAGGAAUUGUUGAAACAUAAUGAGGGUAUGGAAUUCUUUAUCGAAGGUGGGCGCUCUAGAUCAGGAAAAACCAAUUUACCAAAGGGUGGUCUACUGUCUAUUAUUACUGAAUCAUGUUCCAAAGGUCUGAUACCAGAUGCUUACAUAGUUCCUGUUAGUAUCAGCUAUGACAAAAUUAUUGAUGGUAAUUUCUACCGAGAACAAAUGGGUUUACCAAAAAUAACUGAAAACUUUUGGCGUGCCAUGAAAGGAAUAUUUAAUGUUUUGAUUGGCGACUAUGGUAGUGUGAGAGUUGAUUUUUGCCAGCCGUUUUCUAUGAAAGAAUUUAUAGCCCGCCAUCAAGUAACAAAUAAAGUAGAUGAAAAUGUGCUGGUUUUAGUGGAUUCCUCACCCGAAAUUGCACCUGUUAAAGUGGCAUCCUAUCCGUGUUUACGACAAGCACCAUGUUCUACCACAGAUGAAGAUAGACUAAUCGUUCAAUAUCUAGCAGAACACGUCUUACACACAGCUAUCACAUCUACAAGUUUAAUGUCUACCAAUCUUGUAUGUUUUCUACUUUUGACAAAACAUCGUUCUGGUACAAGAAUAUCCGAGAUAACUAAUAGUCUUGAACAGUUAGUAAGAGAAAUCCGACAAGUUGGCAGAGACAUUGGAUUCUGCGGAGAUAUGAGAGAUGUCGUUCAUAGUGCCUUAUCCUUACUAGGAACCAAGUUAAUUCUAGUGGAACCUAAUCCUGCAGAUGAGGAAGACUUGUGCCUUAAACCUAAUUUGAAAUUACCCUAUGUAUUUGAAUUGAUGUAUUAUGGUAAUGCAGUAUUAUAUGUCUAUCUAUUAGAGAGUGUGGUAACUGUAGCAGUUAUGUAUCUUACUAAAAGUAAUUUUGCAUGUUCUGAAGCCCAGGAAAGUGAGGAAACAACGAAAGAAGAAAUAAUAUUUACAUCGGAAGAAAUUUGUAGACUGUUACAACAAGAAUUCAUAUUUGUACCACCUUGUAAAAACCUGAAGAAGGAAUUAUCUGAGGUGAUCGAGUCCUUUAAAAUGAGAGAAAUAUUAUACCAAGAUGAGCAGUAUGAAAACAAACAGUAUGAUUAUCAUGAAAAGCAGUGGAGUAAAUCACUGUCAGAUUCUCUAUCAUGGGAAGAUGACUAUGAUGAUGAGGAUGCUAUGGGUGUACAAGAAGAAAAAUAUAAAGUCAACAUUAACAGAAAGCACAUUCGUGACAGAUUGAGGUUUCUCCUGUCAAUAAUAGCGCCAACAUUAGAAUCAUAUCUUACUACAGCUACCUAUAUAAACUUAUAUCUCAAAACCGAAACAGCAGAAGAGGAUUUCAUGUUACGAUUAAAUAGUUUCUCCAAGUCACUGGUAUCAGACCACAAAUUGAUCUAUAAUGAAAGCUGCGCAAUGGACAGUCUGAAGACUUGUGUGAAAUCUUUUCAAAAGUUAGGCAUUCUAGACUCCUGUACCGCUGGUAACUUGCGUAUUGUAGGGUUAAGUGAAAUAUUCAAUGUUAAAGAUAGGUUAAUGCAUUAUAUUAGACUUUUAGAAGUGAUUAAAACAAUUAGUUGAAAAUUUCAAGACUUAAAGCUUAAAGAUACAUUAUGACAGGUUAGAUAAAGGGCUGGCAGUUCUCACUAUAAUAUACUAUUCAAAAAAAGUAGGGGAUAUUUGAUUUUUAAGUGUUAUUAAAGUCACCUAAUGAAACUGACGAAGAAACAAAUGACAAAAUGAAAUGAAGUUCACAUUCAUCGAUUUAUUCCAAAUGAUCGUUAGACUAAGUAAGGCACAGACUGACCAUUAUAAGGGUAAAAUGAUACCCGGGGUCAAACAGCAAAGUUACCACAGCAUCACAACCAAGUCAGUAACGGGUAAAUCCUCCUCUGUUUGCCAAACAAGCAUUGAUCCGACGUGGCAUAUUCCUAAUGAGACGUCUAAGGUCAUUUUGGUCCAGAUUGUCCCAUUCCUGUUGCAACGCAGCAGCAAGUUCUUGGACAUUGGCAGGACGCUGUUGACGUUGACGUAACCUCUGUCCAAGCAUGUCCCAGACAUGCUCGAUGGGGGAGAGGUCGGGACUCAGUGCUGGCCAAGGUAAUGUGGUGAUGUUCUGUUGUUGGAGGUAACCUGUAACGAUCCUGGCCCUGUGACAUCUUGCGUUGUCAUCCUGGAAGAUGAAACGGCGGCCAUGACGUCGUGCGAACGGCACAACAUGGACUGCCAAGAUGUUGUCCCGGUAGUGCUGGCCUGUAACACGCCCUGCAACAACAUGUAAAGCCGUUCUUCCAGCAACAGUGAUGCUUCCCCACACCAUAACAGAACCACCCCCAAAUCGAUCAUGUCUGAUGACGUUAACGUCUUGGAAGCGCUCGUUUCGACGACGCCACACCCUCCUACGUCUGUCCAAAAAAUCCACAGUGAACCUUGACUCAUCUGAAAACAUCACAUUGCUCCAGCGUCGAUUAUCCCAGUGUUGACGAUCCCUACACCAACGACGUCUUGCCUGAAUGUGAUGAUCUCUCAAACAAGGGAUCACGCGAGGACGUCGGGCGCGAAGGUGACCCCUAUGCAGUCGAUUCCGAAUCGUCUGGCCACUCACUCUCACACCAGUGUCUGUUUGAUCUGAUUUGCUGUGAUGACACGAUUUCUCAAGGCCAAGGUACGGAUAAAUCGAUCAUGGGCUUGAGUUGUCGCCCUUGGUCGACCUGAGCGUGGUCUGUCCUGUACAGAUUGUGUAUCACGGUAUCUGGACCAUAGCCUGCUUAUGACAGACUGAGAAACAUUCAUCGUCCGCGCCACAACCGCCUGUGUUGUGCCGAUCUGUAGCAUGCCAAGGGCACGUAACCUUUCAUUUUGGGUAAGCCGACGCAUAUCAAAAUUUGUUUUCUGGUCACUAAAACAAUUAAACUGAUGUUUCCACCCUGGAAUUCAAUGCCACAAUGACUGUAACAUUCAAAGUCAGAGUCGUGCAAAUCUUGGGUUGGACCCCCAUGAUGAUCCCAAGCAUCACCUGCAUUCCAUGCAGUAGCUAUUGGUGCGUUUGGGCGUCACAUGUAACUGGAAAUGUUUCUUCUGUUAGGUUCUAUAGUGACUUUUUUCGUAGUCAUUUGCAUAUUUUAGUAUUAUGCCCCCAAAAUCAAAUAUCCCCUACUUUUUUUGAAUAGUAUAGUUAAAAACUAGAUAAUGUAAAGGAAAUUCAUGGAAAGUUUCAGUCAAAAUUGAUCCACUUUGAACCAAGAAUUUAGUGAUUGCAUUUUCGGCCUAGCCCCGAUCAUCAUUACUAAAGUUGGUGCGAUGAAAAACAUAUUCUCGAUUAUCCAUUUCACGAUUUAAUCAUGAAUGAAAGUUGAGCAGCAAAUCGGAUCCUAAUCCAGUAAAUAUUGCAGGCUAGCAAUGACAUCGAGAGUUGUUUAUGGUGUGGAUAAGUUAAUUAAUGUCUAAUUAAUAAUUUAGAUAACAUUUCAAGCUUAAAGAAAGACCUGCAAUAGGCAGAUUUAGCUUUUGCAUAAUGUGUUUAAAAGUCGGGGGCUAUCGAAUUGGAUAUUUGUGUUCUUUCAUCCUUCUAUCCAGACACAUGCAUUGAAACACAGUAACUUUAUUUGUAAUGAAUGGAUUUUGAUAAAACUUUAAAUAUUCAAUAUAUCUAUAGUCGCUCGCAUAAGUUUGAAUAUCAAUAAUAUCCAUACCUAACUAAUCUGGUUGAUUCUUUGAAACUUUGAAUGAUUUUUUUAGAAAUAUUUAUUCAUUAUGACAGUCGCUCACCUAAGUUUGAACAUAAAUACCAUUCACACAUAUUUAAAAAGCCUUCUGCAGUCUGAUUGGUUGAUAUUUUAUAGACAUCUACUGAAUGGAUUUUUCAAGUUCAAAGAUCAAUCGCAUAUUUGAUGGGUCUACUGCUAUCUGAUUGGUUGAUUGUUUGAAACUCAGUAACUUAACACCUAGUGAAUGGAUUUAGAUCAAACGUAAACUAUGCAAUCAUUAUCACUCACCUUGGUUAAAACAUCAAUGCUUAGCCUGCUGAAAUGUCUUUAGUAGAUUCUUUGAAAUACAAUGAUUACGCUUACUGCAAUGUGAUUGGUAUAAUUUGAAAUGCAAUAACUGUGUUUUUGAUUGACUGAUUUUUCUAUAUAACUUGAAUUAAACAUUCAUUAUAUAAAUCUUGUAUAUAGAUUUGAAUAUCAGUGCUAUCUGUGCCUGGUUAAUUAGCCUACUGCAAUUGGAUUGACCAAUAUCAAAAACUAUAAAUGUAAUGUUUUAAGGAUAUUUUGUUUUAUCACCCAAUAAUAUCGCUUGUGUGAUAUAUUUCAUAAUCUACUGCGAUAUCUCCUUAGGAGAUAUCGCUUUACAUAAAUUUGAUUGGUCAGUUGAAAAGGAACUACUUUUUUUUAUUUUCAAAGAACAGUUCAUUUCUUAUUAUUUUAUUAAAAUGAACUAUUGUUAUUCAGUUGACCUUGAUGGAAACACUGGGCCAAUAUAAAGGACUAUGCAAUGGUUGAAUUGCUGUCAAAAAAUGAUGUAUCACUACGCCGUAAUGUUCAGUAAAAGUGAAAUCUACAGCAAACAAUAGAUAUUUAUCUAUUUGUGUAUUUAAGAAGGGAUUGGGUGAUAAAUAAGAUCUCCAACUCGUCUUUUUUGAUAUCAAAAAAUAUCAACACUCUUUGAUAAAGUAAAAAAAAACUCGGCAGAGCCUCGUUUUUAUACGCCCACAUUGAAAUGUGGUCGUAUAUUGUCGUCGCCCCCGUCCGGCCGUCCCGAGUCCACAAGCAAUUGUGGACGCUCUAGAGGGUAAAGUUAAUAUCCGAUUCACUUUAAAUUUAUACACAGUGUUUAAGGUCUUGAGACGAAGAAUCCUAUUGAUUUUCAGCGAUUUCCGAUAAUUACUACCAGAGUUAUGGUCCUUGAUUACUUCAAAAAAUCUUGUGGACGCUCUAGAGGCCAAAGUUAAUAUCCGAAUGAUCUUAAAUUUAUACACAGUGUUUAAGGUCAUGAGACGAAGAAGCCUAUUGAUUUUUAGCAAUUUCCGAUAAUUACUGCCAGAGUUAUGGCCCUUGAUCACUUCAAAAAAUCUUGUGGACGCUCUAAAGGCCAAAGUUAAUAUCCGAUUGACUUGAAAUUCAUACACAGUGUUUAUGGUCAUGCGACGAAGAAGCCUAUUGAUUUUUAGCAAUUUCCAAUUAUUACUGCCAGAGUUAUGGCCCUUGAUCACUUUGAAAAAUCUUGUGGACACUCUAGAGGCCAAAGUUAAUAUCCGAUUGACUUUAAAUUUAUACACAGUGUUUAAGCUCAUGAGACGAAGAAGCCUAUAGAUUUUCAGCAAUUUCCAAUAAUUACUGCCAGAGUUAUGGCCCUUGAUCACUUCAAAAAAUCUUGUGGACGCUCUAGAGGCCAAAGUUAUCAUCCGAUUGACUUCAGAUUGAUACACAGAGUUUAAGAUCUUGAGACGAACAAGUAUAUUGAUUUUCAAUGAAUUUUUAUGACUUGAACAAAUCCAUGAUAUUAAAAGUUUUGUAUAUCCGAUUGGCUUUAUAUUCAUACACAGUAUUUAAGGUCAUGAGACGAAGAAGCCUAUUGAUUUUUAGCAAUUCCUGAUAAUUACUGCCAGAGUUAUUGCCCUUGAUCACUUUGAAAAAUCUUGUGGACGCUCUAAAGGCCAAAGUUAAUAUCCAAUUGACUUUAAAUUUAUACGCAGUGUUUAAGGUCAUGAGACGAAGAAGCCUAUUGAUUUUCAGCGAUUUCGGAUAAUUACUGCCAGAGUUAUGGCCCUUAAUCACUUUGAAAAAUCUUGUGGACGCUCUAGAGGUCAAAGUUAAUAUCCGAUUGACUUUAAAUUUAUACACAGUGUUUAAGCUUAUGAGACGAAGAAGCCUUUUGAUUUUCAGCGAUUUACGAAAUUUACUCCUAGAGUUAUGGCCCUUGAUCACUUUGAAAAAUCUUGUGGCCGCUCAAGAGGCCAAAGUUAAUAUCCGAUUGACUUUAAAUUUAUAAUCAGAUUUUAGUGUAUUAUAAAUGUUUCAUUACCGAAAAUUAAAAAAUAUGUGACAACUCUUGUUGACUGCCCGGACGAUUUAGCUGCUGUGGGCGUAUGUUUCGUUGCCUGGCAACCUAUCUUUUGUUACUUUAUCAACUUGUGUUGAUAUUUUUUGAUAUAAAAAAAAACUGGUAGGAGAUUCUCUAUCUGUUAACUAUGAAUAUAUAAGUCUUUAAUCAGAGUCUUUACAUUAAUGCCAUCUAUAAACAAAUAAUUAACAUAUUUUAAUCUGAUUGAUAAACUUUUAAUUGCUUGACUACUUGCGUUGUUGCCGUUCAUACAAAAUAAAAGGGCUAUAUUAUUGUGCUUUAAAUUGAACUUAUUUGUUGACUUAUUUUAAAAAUGUUCUUCAAUAUAAGCAUUCUCAGAAAACCAUGGAGACUAAUUAUUUGUUAUUGUUUGUUUGAUUUAUUAAUGAUUAUGUAGUAAAUUCUAGAAAUAAUUCUACAUAGUAUUUAAAACUUUUCUCUAAUGUGGAUGUAGUUUAGUAAGGUUGUAUCUUCACAGAACUUACCAGUAAAUGAGAGAAAUUUGAUUAGUAUAUUAAAGAUACUUUCCUGCGUACAAA